AUAUAUACAAGUUCAUAGUUUUUAGCUUUCAUAAACCAAAUUUCAUAAUUUCCUUUGUAAGUUGAAUCUUCAAUGAAGUCAUUGAAAAUGGUAAUGGUUAAGUUGAUGACAGUGUUUAUGCUAAUAGAGGUGAUUACGUGCCAAUUCGGUUUCGGGUUUGGAGCAGAUGGUGGGUUAAACAUGAACUACUACUUGAUGAGUUGCCCUUUUGUUGAACCUGUUGUUAAGAACAUAGUGAAUAGAGCUUUGGAUAAUGAUCCUACACUAGCAGCUGCUCUUAUUAGAAUGCACUUCCAUGACUGCUUCAUUCAGGGAUGUGAUGGGUCAAUUCUACUUGAUUCCACUAAGGGUAACACAGCAGAAAAGGAUUCACCAGCAAAUUUAAGCUUAAGAGGAUAUGAAGUCAUAGAUGAUAUCAAAGAUGAACUUGAAAGACGAUGUCCUGGUGUGGUUUCAUGUGCUGAUAUUCUUGCUAUGGCUGCUACAGAAGCUGUUUUCUAUGCUGGAGGUCCGGUUUAUAACAUACCUAAAGGAAGAAAAGACGGAAGAAGAUCGAAAAUUGAGGAUACUAGAAAUUUGCCAUCACCUACCUUCAAUGCUUCUGAGCUCAUUAGACAGUUUGGUCUACAUGGUUUUUCGGCUCAAGAAAUGGUCGCUCUUUCAGGGGCACAUACAUUAGGAGUGGCAAGAUGUUCAUCUUUCAAGAACAGAUUAAGCCAAGUGGAUCCAGCUUUGGAUUCUGAAUUUGCCAAGACACUAUCUAGAACAUGUACUUCCGGUGACAACGCGGAACAACCAUUCGAUGCAACGAGGAACGAUUUCGACAAUGUUUACUUUAACGCUUUGUUGAGGAGAAACGGCGUUCUGUUUUCAGAUCAAGACCUCUAUACUAGUCCAAGAACAUGGAACUUUGUGAAUGCUUAUGCGAUGAAUGAAGCAUUGUUCUUUCUUGAUUUUCAACGUGCGAUGGUGAAGAUGGGUUUGCUUGAUAUUAAACAAGGUUCUAAUGGUGAAGUUCGAGACAAUUGCCGCAAAAUUAACUAAUAAUUGUUAUGGUUGAUGAUUGUCAUUAGUUAGUUAAAAAUAACAUUAUAUAAGCAUGUUAUAUAAUGUAAUCUAAAUGUGUAUCAGUGUAUGUGUAUGGUUUCUUCUAAAUUGUUCUUGUUGGGUGGGAUGUAUUUUCUGUAUUAUUAUAGUGGUAACCUUUCAUAUAUCAAUAUAUCUAUAAGAAUCACAUAUUGGCUGAA